CGGUAAGCUCUGUCCCCGGAUCAACACACACACACAACUCACCAGCUCCACGACCACGAACAGAGGAGCCGACACACAAGUGUAGUAACUACGACGACCCGGCCGGAGAGGGACACCAAACAUGCCUCCAUCUCGGGACCUCCUCCUCCCCGUGCUCCUCCUCCUCUUCUCGGCAUCCGUCCUCCUCCCGGCAGCCACAGCCCAACAGGAGACGGAGGAGGAGGAGGAGUUCAGCUACUCGCUGGACGCCGAGAACGGGCCGGCACACUGGGGCGACAUCAAGGAGGAAUGGUCGGCGUGCGGCAAGGGCAACAUGCAGUCGCCCAUCGACCUCGCCAGCCCGCGCGUCUCCCUCGUGCGCGGCCUCGGCUACCUCAACCACUCCUACGUAUCCGCCAACGCCACCAUCGUUAACCGCGGCCACGACAUCAUGGUCAAGUUCGAGGGCGACGCCGGGAGUGUGUCCAUCGACGGCACGCCCUACUAUCUCAGGCAGAUGCACUGGCACUCCCCCACCGAGCACAGCCUCAACGGCCGCCGUUACGACAUGGAGCUCCACAUGUUCCACGAGAGCGCACAGGGCAAGGCAGCCGUCAUCGGCGUCUUCUACCAGGUCGGCGACCACGACGCCUUCCUGCACAAGCUGGAGCCAUACCUGGAGAUGAUAGCGGAUCGCAAGGACAGGGAGGAGAAGAUGGGGAUGAUGGACCCGAGGGGCGCCAGAGGCAAGGCCAGCGUUUACUACCGCUACGUGGGAUCCCUCACCACCCCACCAUGCGCAGAAGGGGUCAUCUGGACCAUCGUCAAGAGGGUUCGCACCGUGUCGAGGCACCAGCUGGAGCUUCUGCGGGAGGCCGUCCAUGACGACAUGGAGAAGAACGCUAGGCCGCGUCAGGAGGUGAACAGCAGAGAUAUCAGCAUGUUCCGGCCUUUUGAGCAAAAUAGACAUUGAUUACUAGUGUUGAUCCUCUGCCUAAUGAGUUUGGUGUUUCAGCUAUUUUUUAUGUACAUGGCUAUAUCAUUUUUGUACGUAGUAGUUAUUUCCAUCCACUUUGAUAUCUUGUAUACGGUUACUGAAUAAUAAAGGAGCACUACCAACUCAUGUC